AUGACCGACAUACUGUACGUUUGGAAAGACGGCGCGUCGAGCGUCGGCAUGAGCAGCGAAGUGCAGUUGCCGCAGUUCCGAGUGCUCGGCCACCGGCAGCGCGCCACCGUCGUCGCUCUCACCACAGUUGGAUACACGAUGCGCGACAUCCGCUACAAGUGGAACGAAGGCCCCAACUCGGUGGGUGUGUCUAACGAAGUGUCGCUGCCGCAGUUUAAAGUGCUCGGACAUCGCCAGCGCGCUAUGGAAAUAUCUCUCACAACAGGAAACUACUCUCGUCUGGCGUGUGAAAUACAGUUCGUGCGCUCGAUGGGCUACUACCUGAUUCAAAUUUACAUACCGUCCGGAUUGAUCGUCAUAAUUUCCUGGGUGUCGUUCUGGUUGAACCGCAACGCUACGCCGGCGCGCGUACAGCUCGGCGUCACCACAGUGCUCACCAUGACCACACUCAUGUCUUCCACUAACGCCGCUCUGCCCAAAAUAUCAUACGUCAAGUCUAUCGACGUAUACCUCGGGACGUGCUUCGUCAUGGUGUUCACCAGCUUGCUCGAGUACGCGACGGUGGGCUACAUGUCGAAACGCAUCCAAAUGAGGAAACAGCGAUUCGUCGCAAUACAAAAGAUAAUGUCGGAGAAAAAGUUGCCGACAGAAUGCGGCGUGGCGUGGGAAGCUCACACGCUGGGCGGACGUCAGGGCGGCAGCCUCGGUCGCGGCGGCGCGCCGCCGGGUCGGAGCUGCUCUGGGCGCCCGCCCCCGCGCCCUCAGCAGGAGGUGCGCUACAAGGCGCGCGACCCCAAGGCGCACUCCAAGGGCGCCACGCUGGAGAGCACGCUGGAGGAGAACCCCGGGCCGCCGCUGCACGCGCUGCACGGCGGGAAGGACAUUGGCAAGUUCCUGGGCAUGACGCCGUCUGACAUCGACAAGUACUCGCGCAUCGUAUUUCCGGUGUGCUUCGUGUGCUUCAAUCUGAUGUACUGGAUCGUGUACCUGCACGUGUCAGACGUGGUCGCCGAUGAUCUGGUGCUGUUGGAGGAGAACAAGUAG